AGUUCCAUGAGUCUUGUGGGAGGAAGCGCUGGAAGAUUGUGGGUGUGAGUUACAGUUUUAAGCUGUAGUUUGGCGGUGAGCUGACAGGUAAUUCCUGCACGAAUCACAAGCUCUCAAGAAGUAGGGAUUCCGGAAAGGGAAGAAGUUCACUCACUAGAAAAGGAGCCUCGGGUCUCACACCCCUUUGGGACUUGCGCGGCGUGUCUGAGGGAGGUGGCUACGAGGUAUCUCCAGGCGAAGGAAUCUGAUUUUACCACCAUGUCUUCGGAGUUCUUUCUGCAUCCUCUGGACGGCGGUCCCCGCGUGCCCGUGGGGCCGGGGCAGACUGUGAUAGGCCGCGGGCCGCUGCUGGGAAUAACAGAUAAAAGAGUAUCCAGAAGGCAUGCCAUUCUUGAAGUGGUUGAUAGUCAGCUCCGAAUCAAACCAGUCCACAAGAACCCAUGUUUCCACCAGUCCUCGGAGAAGAGCCAGCUCUCGCCAAUGGAGACCCACGUGUGGAGCCGGUUGCAUCCUGGGGACAGCUUUUCCUUGUUACUUGACAAGUACGCUUUCCGUGUUUCCUCUACACAAUCUGAAGUGGAAGUGGAGAGUACUCUGAGAAACAGUCAGAUGCUCGAUGAAGAUGAUAUAUUGAAUGAGAUGCGGAAGUCCCCUGUGGUUAACUUACCUGAUAAGGCGGCUGGUGCCUCACAGCUGCAAGGAAGCCCCGAAGUAACGAAGACCAAGUGUCCCCCCAUAGAUCCUAUGGCGAGAGACUCCUCUUCAGGUGACUGCCGAGCUUUCAGUGAGCACCAGCCAGAUCCUGCCCACAGGAAAAGAAUCCUCCCAGCAUGGAUGUUAGCAGGAAGUCUAAGUGAUCAAAACCUUUCCACACCUGCUGAGGGUGGAGGAGAUAAGGAUGCCAUCCAGAGGGAUGGGAAAGAAGGAACCCAUGAAGAUAAAACCCCAGUAAAUACAUCGUGGCGUGGGAGAAAGCGGUUUAUUCCACCAGGAAAUUCAAAAAGUGUGUCACCAAAACAAGACCCUGGGAAGAAAUGGAGAAGGUCUGACCAAGAAGGACUGGCUGUUUCACCCGAGGAUGUGCCAGAAUCAUCGUCUUCAAUCACAGUAAGUGACCCGGAUAUGGAUAUUGUGAAGGCAAAUAAACUGAGUGACACAAUUUCAGCAGAGGAACUAGGUGAGGCCCCUAAACAUAAAGCUGUCACCAAACCAACCACGAAUGACAAGGACAAGACUAUGAGCCAUCCCAAGUGUCGUGCAGGUGUCCAAAGUAAGACAUUUCUUGAGAAAUCCCAAGGAUGCCAUCCCGAGUCCAGCUCUGCUCCCUCCAGUCCUGGUGCUUCGCACACAGACACCGCCGAUUCAGUGCUAGGCUGUUCAGAGGAAAGCAAGGUCCGGAGGACGUCCUGCAUGUAUGGGGCCAACUGCUACAGGAAGAAUCCGCUCCAUUUUCAACACUUCAGCCACCCUGGUGAUAGUGACUAUGGAGCUGUACCUGUCACAGACGAAGGCGUGACUGGUGACAGGCCUGAGUGUCCCUAUGGGGCAUCUUGUUACAGGAAGAAUCCCCAGCACAGGAUGGAAUAUAGGCACAGUGCACUUCCGGACACACCAGAAGAGGUCACUAGAUCCCAUUACAGGUGGCCGUGAGCCACUAUGUGCACCAAUUUCCUGUUCCAAGUAAAGGGAAGAACUCUGAACUGACUGAUGACAAAUGCUUCCCCAGUCGCAGCCCCACAGCACACGCUUCUCCUUCGUCCGCUUCUCUUGUUUUCAAGAACCCGAGAGCACAGCAUCAAGCUGGCUUAGCAAUGGCGAACGCACACUGACGUCUGCCUGGGAAGCCCGAGGCGGGGACUGGGUCGGCUCAUUGUUAUUGUCAGUAAUGUCCCCCUUCCUUUCAUCAUUCUGUCUUAGAGGGCAUCCCUCCUCAAGGUGCUUGCUCUCAACGAGAGGGAGUUUUACACUCUUAUUAGACCAGGACAGUCAGUGUUGACGUCUGAGGAAAGAAUGAAGAACUUCAAUUCUUGAUCCUUAAAGAGUGAAUUUUCCUCCUUCAACUAGCCUAGACCCUGUGAGCCUUUCUUCCCAGCAAACCUUCUCAGUACACCAGGAUUGUAGGCAUCCCCAUGAGAAUGUAAACCUUUAGCUGCCCAAUUGGCCUUUGUUUUGGCUGUUUUUGGACACUUUAAGAAUUUUUCUCUCGAUGCAUCUCAGUCUCAUUGCUGUUUAUGUAAUGUGAGGACUAAUUCAGCAAAUAAUAGCUCUGCUGCGAGGAGAGGUGCAGUCCAUGCUGCAGCGCUGUGAGGAGAGGUGCAGCCCGUGCUGCAGCGCUGUGAGGAGAGGUGCAGCCCGUGCUGCAGCAGUGUGAGGAGAGGUGCAGCCCAUGCUGCAGCAGUGUGAGGAGAGGUGCAGCCCGUGCUGCAGCAGUGUGAGGAGAGGCGCAGCCCGGGCUGCAGCAGUGUGAGGAGAGGCACAGCCCGUGCUGCAGCAGAGUGAGGAGAGGUGCAGCCCGUGCUGCAGCACUGUGCUCCCGGGUUCUUAUACCUACUUAUGUGCCCAGUCUAUGACAGGGUGAUGCAGAUGGCCUCACAGUGAGAGAAACCCAUGGGGUGUCUCUUGGUGUGUUAGCCCAUACAGAAAUGCACUCUUUGUCAUGGCUGGCAGGGUCUAGAGGUUGUUAUUUGACAAAAUUGCUUUACUUAGCUGCAUUCCAUGAUUUUAUAGCAAUAAUAGUAUUUUAUUUAACUACAUUUUAUUGGCAAUUUAUGUGUCAAAAUAUUGUCCCGUACUCUACCCAAAAGCUGUCAAUAUGCACCAUAAAGUAUAGUUUAAAAUGUCUGCAAAGUUUGUUGAAAUCUCAAUGAAGUGUUUUCUAAAUGGAGGGUAUACUUUAGAACAGGGAACUUAAUUUUUUUAAUUUUGAGAUUUUAAUAUAAUUAGAACAUUCAGCACUGAACAUGUAAAGAAAUUUUUUUGUACCAUAAAGCCAUUCUUUCUUAUUAGCAACAAAAACAUAUACAUUUAGACCACUGUUCACCAAUGUCUGUGUCUUCAGAGGUAGCAAACAGAAAAGUCCCUAAGUAACUUAUAAGCUUCACCACUGUUAUUGUAUCUCUUUACUUUCUUAUUGUUGCUAUUAAUCUGUUUCUGUGCCCGAUUACAAAUGAGAGGGAGGGAGGGAGGGAGGG